CGCCGACCACCCGCCAUGGCGCUCCUCGCCGCCGUCCGCCGCCUUCCUCGGGCCAUCCGGCUCCUAAAGCCUCACCACCUCCGCACCACCUCUUCCUCCGCCUUCUUCGGCGACUCCGAGGGCUCCGCGCCCGCCUGGGAGCCGCGGUCCCCCGUCCGCUCCCCGCCGGACGACCAGUUCGCGGCGUGGGUCACGCGGCUCCGCCCGGGCUUCACCGCGUGCGACCUGGCCGACGCCAUCAACUCCGAGCAGGACCCGGACCUCGCGCUCGCGCUCUUCCGCUGGGCGGGGCUCCGCCCGGGCUUCCGCCACGCGCCGGCCUCCUACAUCGCCGCCCUCAACGCCGCCUCCUCCGGCAAGCGCCCCGUCGCUGCGGAGAACCUCAUCCACGACGUGCUCGCGGGGGCCUGUCCCCCCGACCUCCAGCUCUUCAACGCCUGCCUCCGCUUCUGCUGCGACCGCCGCAGCCUCUUCCCCGUCGCCUUCGACAUGUUCAACAAGAUGCGCGCCCUCCCGGCCAACGCCGGCUGCCGCCCCAACGUCGAGACCUUCACGCUGCUCCUCAGCACCGUGGUCCGCCGCGUCCGCCGCCCGCCGGCGUCGCUGGUCUACCUCCACGCCGUCAGGUCCCUCUCCCGCCAGAUGAAGGCCACGGGCGUCGUCCCGGACACCUACCUGCUCAACCUCAUCAUCAAGGCGUACGGGCGGUGCCUCGAGGUGGACGACGCCCUCAAGGUGUUCCGCGAAAUGCCCCUCUACGGCUGCGACCCCAACGAGUUCACCUACGGCUACAUCGUCAAGGCCAUGUUCCAGAAGGGCAGGACCGACAACGGGUUGCUGUAUCUCAAGACGAUGAGGGACAAGGGGUUCGUGCCCAGCGGCGGCGUGUACAUGUCCGCGGUGGCCGCACUGGCGCUGGAAUGGAGGUUCGAGGAAUCGAGAGAGGUGCUUUUGGAUAUGCUGGAUAGCAAGAGGAAGCCGGACAUGAUCACUUACAGGACGCUGCUCGAGGAGCUGUGCCGAGCUACGCGGACAGAGGACGCGUUCCAGUUGCUGGAGGAGCUGAAAGAGAGGAAGCGAGGGGCGUUGGACCAGAGGAUGUACUCGGAAUUGCUCGAUGGGCUGCACUGGAUUUCUCAGCCACAGCAGAAUAGCUUUCCUCGCCGUGACAGGGGCUCUGCCUCUGAUGAUAGGGGAUCUGAUGACUGAAAUACUUGGAUGAAAAUUGCAUGUUUUCGUGCCAUCCAAUGGCAAAAUCAGUCAUAGAAAGUCAAAUUCAUGAAUUAAGCAGGAGGGCCACCUUCACUGGGAUUAUCUGGUUGACUCAACUUUGCACAACUACUGCUUCUGGCAUGAUCGAUGACAUGCCCACAGGGCAGAGAAGAUGCACAAUAUGUCUUGACAAGAGAUGUGGUGGGAUCAGAAAAAUUGCUUGUUGCUGGCGGCAAUGAUUGCUGGGGUGCUCUUGUCAAAUGCAAUUUCCAAAGUCAAUCAUGGUGGCACAUUCAGAAAUGGUUAUUCCAGGUAUCAUGUAUUGAACACAACAAACUGUAGUAACGUUGAUAUAUUUAAAAUUCCUUUUGCUCGUAAAGUCCGGUUAUAGAAUAACUAGUGCUUGCGCCUGUGAGAAAUUGCUCUAUAUUUUCUCUACUUGGUGUUGAUAGCACAACCAGUAUUGAUUGUAUGUAGAACCUCGUUCAUGGUUGUGCAGUUAAGAUGUUUAUCUGUGAGAA